GGAAUUGCAUUGAGUUUGUCAGAGGAGUUUGCCUCAGUUAGACUCUUGUUUGUCACAGCUGCUUGUCAGAAUGUGGUCAUCUUUAAUACUUUUGUUUCUUCAACUGUGGACGACUGAGCAAGUUCCUUUAUCACAGAAUAUAACUUGUUCAGCGGUCCCAGACAUUCCUAAUGCCUACGUGUCAGAAGAAACUAAAAAAGAUGAGUACCAAGGAGGAAAUGUGAUACGAUUCACUUGUGAAACUGGUUACAUAUCGGGUCCAGCCAUCAGAUAUGUAUGUUCAGACGACGGCUGGGUGGCACUCCACAAGGGAAAAUGCUACUUAAAGCCUUGUGUACUUCCUGAAGAAACUCCCAAUGGCUAUUAUCAACUUAUCCACGGGGAAGACUUUGUUUUUGGAGCAAUUGUCAAAUACUUUUGUAAUGAAGGGUAUCAAAUGGUGAGUAAGACUGACACCAGGACUUGUAAACUGGACAAAUGGAGCAAUCAUGUGCCAAUAUGUAAUCCUUUGAGCUGUGACCCCCCGCCUGCAGAUGGAGGGUUAAUAGUUAAAGGUUUACCAGAAAAUGAUGAACCCAUACUUCCUGACCACUUCCUCACAUUCAGCUGUCACCGUGGGAAAUCUCUAAAUGGCAGUUCAAGGCUGAUAUGUGGUAACGAUGGACAGUGGGAUGAGCCAUUCCCUACAUGUGAAGACGUCACUUGUAAAGUUGGGGUGAUGCCCAGUCAACUCAAUGUAAUUGGAGAACAACGAGCAAAUGAAAGAGUGAAGGUCGGACAUAAAUUACAGUUUCGAUGCAAUAAUCCAUAUUCACUCGAUGGGUCGGAAGAAAUUGAAUGUUUAGAAACUGGGCAGUGGAAUACAACCUUUCCAACUUGUUCAGGUAUGUUCAUUUUCAUUUGAAGUUAAUCCCAUUCA